UUUUUCUAGGGUUAGGGCUUUUGAGCAUGGCGAUGGUAGCAUCAGCGCCAUGCCUGCUCCUUGCGUUCUCUAUGCUGAUUGCUACUGUCUCGGCGCAUUCUUCAUCAGCGAUGGCGCCCGCUUUCAUCUGGUCGAAUCUCAGAUGCGUAGAUUCAGGUCAGCAAGUGAACUACCAGGUGUCCGAUGCUCGGUCUGUCACACGCGCGGCGCUUGAGCAGCUGGAUAUGAAGAAGUGUUUGGAUGAAUCCGAGAAGCCAGCUGAUUUGCUUGUGGCAUUUGUAGGAAGUGAGGUUCGUUCCGUGGAGCUCUCGAAUGAGUUGAGCUCCUAUACUGUUGAGAAACUUAAGGGGUUGAUACUGGCUUCCAAUUCGUCGCUGUCAUUUCCAUAUGUCGCCGCAGCGGAUGGAAUCUCAAUCGGCAGCGAUGUUGUUCGCACACUGCAAGAUAGCACGGACUUGGUUGCGGCAUUUGGAUGUCCUGGCACGCUGUCCUCGCUAUCGGUUCUAGAAGCCGAGAACUACGUCGUUUCAACGAAGGCCGAGCAUGCACAGGUCUUGUUACUCUGUUUGUCUUCCUCAGCCCUGGAACCUGAAGGACAAGUCGUGCAAAGGAUCCUCUCCAAGCUGGAGGAGUCUUCCGUUCGAUAUGUAGCUUUGUACGCAUCGGAUCCUCUUGGAUUCGAAAGUUUCUACGCGUCGAAGCACAGGAUGCUGGCAUCGAAUGACACGAAGCCAUACUGUGACGAUGUUUGCAAGACAAAAGCGACACUUCUCGAAGCAAUCUUUGUGGUUAUCGUUCUUCUUAUGAUCCUGAUUUCCGGCCUGUGCUGCAUGAUGGGCAUCCAAACACCGCUCCGAUUCGAGAAGCCACACGAAAGCUAGGAGUUUUUACACCGGACUACUACGGAAAAAUUGAAUCCAUACACAACCUUUUUUACAAGGAUCAUACCACGAACGUAGGCACGAUUUACAUGAUGGUGCAUCUGCUCCGGCUCUCCUCCGGAGCUCCAUUCUGCUGAAGAAGACGCCUCGACUCGGAUGGUGUGUAGGAAAACUCCCCGGCAUACUGGAGAAAUCAAAAUGUUUGCAUUGUGAACGCUGAAAUGAGAUCGAAGAAAAAAAUUUGAGAA